UACUAUAUACUAUUAUCUAUAUAUUAUUUAUAGAAAUUUAUAUUUAAAUAAAAAUUAUUGAAAAUUUGUAAUAAUGCAUACAAAAUUGAUGACAAUAACGUUAUAAAGAAAUUAUUUGCAAAAUGAAUUUCUUAACGCGUUUAAUACUAUUUAAUAGACCUGUUGUGAAAAAAGUAUUCUAUCCAAGCUACAGGCUAGGACAUAUAUAUCAAAAAGAUCCAAGAUCAGGAUAUCCUGUAGUAUAUGAUAGGCCACCUAAGAAAGAAAACUUAAAUUUUUUACAAAAAGCAAAAAAAGGCUAUUCACAAUUAAAAAAUGAAUUAGCUUUGUUCAAGAAAGAAACUAAUGAUUUUAUCGCUGGUCCCGAUAUUUUUCCACAGCCGGAUGAAAUAGACAUUGUUUGGGAUUUUAAUGGGAAUCCAAAAUCUUUGGAUCCAUGGUUGACCGUAUGCGAUAGUGAUUAUAAACAAGGUUUUUCAACUUGCAAAUUAGAGUUAAGUCCUGAUGGUAGAGCCGUAUUUUCAGGUACAUUAGAUUGUAAAGUUCCAAAAACUGGUAAAAUGAACAAUGCAGGUUACUGCGCUCUUAGAACAGCAACAUUUAGGAAAAGUUUUAAACGAGAAGCACGAUUGAAUUGGGAAUUAUACAAUCAUCUAGUUAUGCGUGUAAGAGGGGAUGGAAGAAUUUAUAUGAUCAAUAUUGGAAAUAAAGGGUUUUUUGAUAUCUUUUGGAAUGAAUUGUAUAAUUACGUACUUUGUACAAGGGGUGGUCCAUAUUGGCAAUUUGUGAAAAUACCAUUUUCAAAAUUCUUUUUGUCCAGUCAUGGAAGAGUACAAGAUUCUCAAACCCCUAUAAAUUUAACUAAUAUAUCAAGUUUUGGUAUCAUAGCUUCUGAUAGAGCUCCUGGACCAUUUAAGCUCGAGAUAGAUUAUAUUGGAGUUGUAUACGAUCCUUAUGAGUGGGAAGAAUUUGCUUAUGAAAUGUAUGAUUUAAAUGAUGUUUUAUUUUAAUAAGGCCAAUGCAUAUAGAUUAAUUAGUGUAAAUAUACCCUUGUAAGUUUAAUAAUUAAUACUAUAUUACUCUGUAAAUAUUAUCAUGCUUAAAUGUCGAUAUGCAAAAUAGUAUGUGUGAAAAAUUGCAAUAAUAAAUUUGUACAUAAUAUU